AUGGCGAGUCAGUCGAUGGAGAUCAUGGCCAAGGCGCUGGAGCAGCAGGUGCUGCAGUCAGCCAGGAUGGUGGAGGAGCAGCUGGAUGCAGAGCUGGGGAAGCUGGAGCGCAUGGAUGAUGAUGAGAUGGAAAAGCUAAAGGAGAGGAGGAUGGAGGCCCUCAAGAAAUCCCAGAAACAUAAGCAUGUAGGUGGGAAAGGCAGAGUGGUCACAUUGGCUGAGCCAUAUGGUGGAUGCCAAACAAGCAUUUUAUUUAGUCCAUUCAGUUAUUUUAUACCAGUAACAACACUCAUCAUGGCACGUUUGUGCACUGUCCCCUCAGGAGUGGCUUGGUAAAGGGAACGGGGAGUACAAGGAGAUUCCCAGUGAGAAAUACUUCUUUCCUGAGGUGAAGGAGAGCAAUCGAGUGGUCUGCCAUUUCUACAGAGACUCCACCUUCAGGUUGGCAACACAGCAAUGUUUUCCUCUCUUCCUGUUUUUCUCCUUCUGCCAUUCCAGGCCAAAAACCUACGGGUUUUAUUCCUGCAAAUUAAUUGAGAUCCGGGGUGAGCUUACCCUCCUAAAUCCUAAGAAAAUGAUUAGAACGGGAUUUAUUGCCCAAUAAACCUUUAUUGCAGCUUCUACCAGGAGCUAACCCUGCUGUAUCCUCCCCCUGCAUUGUAAAGAUGCAAGAUCCUGGACAAGCACCUUAGCAUCCUGGCCAAGAAACACCUGGAGACCAAGUUCAUCAAGCUGAAUGUGGACAAGGCGCCAUUCCUGACGGAGAGGCUGCGGAUCAAGGUGAUUCCCACGCUGGCGCUGGUGAAGGAUGGCAAGACCAAGGACUACAUAGUGGGAUUCACAGACCUAGGAAAUACAGACGAGUUCCCCACAGAGGUGCUGGAGUGGAGAUUGGGCUGCUCCGACAUCAUCAACUACAGGUACACAGACUGGAGUGAUUUCCUAAAGAUAAUCACACCUCUAGGUAGAAAGAUGAUCUGUCUAGGUAUUUCCUGUUAGGCAUUUGAGGCCAUUGGUUCAUUUGCAAAAGGAAUAAAAAGCCUUACAUGUUCAUGCACAAACACAGGCUGAUUAGUCGUAUUAACAGUUCUACUUCAGUUCAUAUCAAGUCUCGUAACACCCCUCCUCUACACUUCUUCUCUCCCAGUGGUAACCUCAUGGAGCCCCCCACCCUGACACAGAAAUCUGGUUCAAAGUUCACCAAAGUGGAGAAGAAGACCAUCAGGGGGAGAGGGCACGACUCAGACUCUGAAGACGACUAG